AUAAUAUGUCGCAUCUUGUUCUUUUCUUUCCUUCGCCUUUGGACUUUUAAUAGAGUUUAUUUUACCUCUAUAUAACAUUCCUUCCGGCGUUGAGUACAUUUCUUUGUCCGGCGUCCCCCCAACGCACCACCUCUAGAUCCGUUUCGUUCUGCAUCCUUACCCCUGGACUUCUUUUCUGCAAUCUCCCUGGCACUCAACCAUUCCCAGAGCAUUCCAAUAGCAUUCCAUAACGCUCGGAUGGAGUGAUGUUACCUCAUCGGUGGCUGACCUUGAUAUCGCGACGUACUGUGUAUUCCUUUGCCAGAAAGUCUCUCUGGCAAUUGCGGCGUACAUCUGAGCCUCCAAUUCCUCAGCAGGAACCUGUCGACGAGGAGCUCUGUCCAGGCUACAAUUCGGCAAGUUUUUACCCAGCAAAUCCUGGGGAAGUACUGGCAGAGAGGUUUCAACUACUUGUCAAAAUCGGCUGGGGAUCGCAAUCUACCGUAUGGCUCGCCCGAGACAUUUCAAGACUUAAAUGGCAAUCUGAGCGAACAGUGGUUCUCAAAAUAAUCGACAGUAACAAUGCCAAUGAUGCUCGACAUGAGAAGGAGAUUGAAAGCCAUAUCAAACAGCAAAAUCCAGAGCACCGUGGCCGCGUGAUUCUACGAACAUGUCUAGAUGACGUCGAAGUAACUGGUCCAGAAGGGAAGCACAUGUGCCUCGUGUACGAACCGAUGAGAGAGCCUCUGUGGAUGUUCCAAAGGCGUUUCGUUGAUCGCAAGAUUCCCUUGCCCAUUGCGAAGGUCUACAUCUACUUCUGCCUUGUUGGUCUUGAUUAUCUUCACUCAGAAUGCAAAGUUGUUCACAGCGAUCUGAAGCUAGAUAACAUCCUCAUGAGCUUUGAAAACGAAAACGUCCUUACCAACUUCAUAAUACAACAACAACAAAUGCAAUACAAGAUUGAUAGCAAGAGUGGUCGAACUAUCUACCGCUGCCAUAAUGAUUUCGGCGCUCUUGACGGGCGAGAUAUCAAGAAUAUGAUUCCCAAAAUAGCCGAUUUCGGGCUCGCAACAAGGCUCGACAAGCCACAUACUCGAGAUGGGAUGGUAGGAAAGCAACUUGGUGUUUAUCCUAUCCAACCAGACCCCUACCGCGCUCCAGAGGUAAUCCUUGGCUGUGGUUGGGAUUUCAAGGCAGAUAUAUGGAAUUUUGGUGUGUUGUUGUGGAAUAUCCUUGGGAGCAAGGAGUUGUUCCAACAGGUACAUAAUGCAGACGGCACAUACGACGCAAAGUCACACCUCGCAGAAAUGAUUGCUCUACUUGGCCCGCCCCCCAAGGUAUUGCUUGCGAAAUCAAAGACUAUGUCAGAGCAAAAGUGGCCCCAGCCUGUUGCAAACGACACUGGCAAACUCUGCAACAGUGCUCGGGAAUUCUUUGACGGCCCUUUUUUUGAUGCAGAAGAUGAAUUCCGCUAUACUGGAUUGAUCCCGUCCCGAAGCUUAGAGGAUACUACUUCAUUCCUCGAACAGAAAGAUCAAGAGGCAUUUUUAUCUUUUGUUCGACAAAUGCUCAACUGGGUCCCGGAGAAGAGGGGAACAGCUCGUGAACUCAUGGAUCAUCCGUUUCUCAAACUUGGGGGUUGAUCAACUACGCAGCUCACUUCGAAUAAUGAACAUGGUAUUUGCCAUUACCUACGAUGCGGUCGGCUCCAAUCGAGAGCACGUUUGAAAAGUAACUUCGAAGACCCUCCUCGAUGGUCCAAGCCAGCAUAUAUAUCCAGUUUUAUACUUUAAAGGAACUGCUCGGCUAAACAGAUGAGCUAAUAGGUAUUUUAAAAUUAAAGAUCGAAUUCAAAUGGGGAAUUGGAGCUGCUGAGCUGAGCUGACGAGCUGACGA